AGUGUGGGUCAGUAUAUAUAUACCAGUAUAUACAAGAUUACAUCUAAUUAAAACCACUGAGUAAAAAUCGAAUUAAAACAUUAUGACGGACAAAAAAGCCCAGUGGCAAUUUAUACAGAAUGUCAAUUUUCUCGGAUUUGAAUAUUUUAAUCCAAUCAGCAGCUUAUUUGAAUUUAAUGUAGCCAGGGCUAAACACAAAAAUGUCGCCUUCGAUCACCGUUAAUUUGUUGUUGUUAACAAUCGUGGUGUUCCUUUUCACCCCCGCGUGGAGUAGCAAUUGCCCAGGAUGUUACGGCCAAGUUUGUAAAACAGAUGCAUGUGACGUUACAUUUUGCCCGAGUGUACCUUUUGCGAAAUGUAGAUCAUGCUGUAACGGUUGCAUUGCAAGAUUUUAUACCGGUAUUUUGAAUUGGGACGUGACAGAAUUGUGUGAAUACUGUCCGCAGAUAUGUACAGCCCAAGCGUGCAAGGCAGAUGCAUGUGACGUAACGAGUUGUCCAAGAUAUCCUUCCGCAAAAUGCAUAUCAUGCUGCAAUGGAUGUAUGGCUAAGUUUUUCGUGGGAUCGUACGAAGUUACAAAGAAUUGCCAUCGCGCAUAUGAAUGGGAUUUCGCAUACUGAUGAGAAGGCAUCACCGAAGGUUUGCUGGCACAUAAAAUAACUAUUCUUCGAAUUUUUUUUCUUCCGAGCUCAUUAAAUCUUGAAAAGGGAAUCUGACUGAAGCGAAUGUGAAUCAAAUGAAUAUUUGCGUUUCUGUUUGUUUAAUUCUACUAUAGUUACUUCUUGUAAAACAAUUAAAUACAUACAAAUCGUCUACAAUGAUAAACUAUAAUAUAAACCCGGUGGUGAAAUAUAUAUAUGCUAUACGUUUAUUCAGCAUGUUUCGCAA